GCUCGCUCGGCUCUCUAGGCCUCGUCUAUCUCUGUGGUGACGGUGGCCGAGCUGGCCGGCCCAUCUGAAAAGAGUGGCGGGAGUUGCGCCACUUCUUCCCCAGUUUUCCGGGAGCUGCGUCCUGGCCCGGCGCAAAGGUGUUUCGUGACCCCGCGGGAGCGGGUGUUGGCACCUGGAGCAUCCCUCGGGGCCGAAUGCGCCGUGGACCAUGCCCCUCCUAACCCAGCAGAUCCCAGAUGAGAAUGACUACAGCUUAGUGGCCAGCCUUGACAACGUCAGGAAUCUCUCCACUAUCUUGAAGGCCAUUCAUUUCCGAGAACAUGCCACGUGUUUCGCUACUAAAAAUGGAAUCAAGGUUACAGUGGAAAACGCAAAGUGUGUGCAAGCAAAUGCUUUUAUUCAGGCUGGAAUAUUUCAAGAGUUUCGAGUUCAAGAAGAGUCUGUUACUUUUCGAAUUAAUUUAACCGUCCUUUUAGACUGUUUAUCUAUUUUUGGAUCAAACCCUAUGCCAGGGACUUUAACUGCACUUAGGAUGUGUUACCAAGGUUACGGUUACCCUUUGAUGCUAUUUCUGGAAGAAGGAGGAGUGGUGACAGUCUGUAAAAUCAAUACUCAGGAGCCCGAGGAGACUCUGGAUUUCGAUUUCUGCAGCACCAAUGUCAUUAAUAAAAUUAUUCUGCAGUCAGAGGGACUCCGUGAAGCAUUUUCCGAAUUGGAUAUGACAAGUGAGGUCCUACAGAUCACCAUGUCUCCAGAUAAACCUUAUUUCAGGUUAUCUACUUUUGGGAAUGCAGGAAGCUCCCACCUUGACUAUCCCAAAGAUUCUGAUUUGAUGGAAUCAUUUCACUGUAAUCAGACCCAGGUCAACAGAUACAAGAUUUCUUUACUGAAACCCUCUACAAAGGCAUUAGUCCUAUCUUGUAAGGUAUCUAUUCGAACAGAUAACCGAGGAUUCCUCUCAUUACAGUAUAUGAUUAGAAAUGAAGAUGGACAAAUAUGUUUUGUGGAAUAUUACUGCUGUCCUGAUGAAGAAGUUCCUGAAUCUUAGUCUUAAGUAUGGCAAGCCACUGUGCUAUUUAUGUGCACAUUCAUGAUUGGUCAUGUUCUCAUUCUGAGUGCAGCACUCUUCGUGAUUUCUUAUUGGAUUUUCUAAGGGGAAGAAGCAUGGAAGAGAUAGGAGCUAAGUUCCUGCCCCCUAAUAGUUGCUGUAUAUUUUAUAAGUAAUGUUUUCAUGUAGUCAGAUUAUCCAGUACUGGACUAGCCUGUGGUUCUGUCUUUUGAACUCAUGGGAAUCAUUAUGAGCCAAGAUGAGUAAGUUUUAUGUUUUAUUCUACUUAAGCAGGACAUUCCAAGAGUCUAAAAAUUUAAAGUUUGAUGAAGCCAUAUCUGAAAUGUUCUUUUAUUUAUUUACUGUUAGAAAAAGCAAUGGCAUACGGGCAUCGCUCCCUAGUUGGAAUUCUGGAGAAUCUGUCUUAAAGCAGUGGUUCUCAAGAGUGCUGUGCCUAGAUCACCUGGAAACUUGUCAGUAACUCUGGGGGUGGGCCAGCAAUCUGCAGUUUAAAAAGCUUCCUCCCAGGAGAUUCUGAUAAGUGCUCAAGUUUGAGAACCACUGUUUUAAAGGAUACUUUUUAAAAAAUAGUCUUUAAUUGCAUUGAAGUGACUGCUUUUAACUGUGAUUUCUUCACAAAUGUUCUGAAGUUUAGGCUUCGUCAAACAAGUCUGAAUAAUUAUAUGAUUUAUUUUUCAAGUGUACAUUUUGAAGACAUCUGUGAACAGGCUAUACAACAGUCUUCAGAGUUACAGAUUUUCAUCUUGUUCUGAAAACUGUUCAGUGUAGUAAGUACUUAUUAGAUACCUUCUAUUUGCCUAUAAGAGUUUCUCAAUCAAACCAAGGUGUACAAAACCAUGUAUUAAGUGAUUUUAUACUGUCUUAGGUAGUUUUCAAUGAAAUAAUUUUUGUGGUAUGCAGGUUAAGAAAAUAUAACACUAAAUUAUCUAACUUGUUUUCUAUUAGAAAAAGUAUGUAACUAAAAUGAAGUUUCUGCACCAUGCGACAACAGCUCAGUGUCUCUCAGUGGCCAGGCACUUUUGGCCUUCGGAGAGUAUUUCAGCAAAGCACUUCAGGGAAAAGCUCCUCCAGAACAUUAUGUAGGCACUGCUCCCAGGCACGUGUACAAUUUGUGCAAUUCUGGGUGUCUAGUCCAGGGUGAGUACCUGAUAACUAAUAAAUCUUCCAGGCAAUCUCAGGGUGCCCAGCUGGUACAAAAGAAGUUGGAGUUUUGUAAAGUAUAGUAUAUGUCUGAGAAGGAAAUGAUUAAAUCUACUAAAUGUCCAAAUAUUUUUUUGUCUGGAUAAACACAAGAUCAAAACAAGUCUAAAACAUAAUUAUGAAAAUAUUUAAUCAGCGAACAUUUCAAGGACUACAGUUUUCCUUUAAAUUUAAAAUAGGGCGGUUGUUUUUUUCUUCAUUGGCAUGUCUAGAACCUAGGAUGCAAUAAUAUUUGUUAGGUGAAAGAACCUCCACUUUCAGAUUAUUAGUCACUAUUUAAUUCCAUUAUUUAGGUUUGAAUUUAUUUUGACCUAAUGUAUUUUUUUUCAAGUUGAACCUAUAAAGAAUUUAAAACAUGUAUCGACUUAAUAAGACUUUUUUGCACAUUUAAGACUAUUAUUUUAGCCGCACGUAUCUUGAGUUAUUUAGAAUUCAGAAACUAAUGAAUUUAAUUCUUUCUAAAUCACCCUGACAUCAAGGUGUGACUUAAUAAAGAAUUUUUUUAUGCGUGC